AUGGCCUACUUUAUCUCUUGCAUCAAGAAAACCAUCUGUGGUGUCGACAGGAAUUCGACCGGAGAUAUUUCUCUUCUACGGAAGAUCAACCCCGACCAUGAGGAGAUGGUCUAUACAGUAAAGAACCUUGAGUACAAGAGGGCAUUUCGUGAUUUGUCUUCUCUGAAUCAUGAUAUGAUUGCUAUACGCAUCCAUGAGGCGACUCAAAAGACAUGGAAACAUUACAACCAUACCGUGGCAUAUGCAGAAGACGCUUCCGAUACAACACCAUCUACACCUCGUAGUGAUAUUGGAAGUUGGGGCAAGCUAAACUUUAGAGCUGCCACUCUCGAACUCGAAUUGUAUAAUCAAAGCAAGAGCUAUCAUGAGCUCGAGAAAAAGCACUUCGAGCAAUGUGAGCAGCGUCUUAGGGACAAGGCCCUCAUUGAUCAAGCAUUCGAGGAGUUUUCGUCGAUGGAGGCAUCCCUGCAGAUUGUCUCCAAUAAGUAUGAGACAUCGAAAGCAAUUUUGGAAGAGAAGGACCGAGAGCUGAAGAAGCUCAACACUCAUCAUCUCUCCACUCUCACAGCCAUCCGCGAGAUGUACGAGGCGAAGCUCGCAGAUGCCAAUCGAGAUGCUUCCGAGAAGCGCAAUGCGCUUGAGACGCGCCACCUCGAGGCGCUGCGCACACUCACGGAGGCCAGCAAGACGAACCGUCGCGAAUGGGAAAAUGCCCAAAAGCACAUGGAGGCGAACAUUGAACAAAUGGUAUGCGAAUAUCGAGAUGCCUUGCAAGCCGACGAAGAAGAGAUCAUGCGCUUGACAAAGUGCAACCAUGAUCUCGAGGCAGAGAACAACCUUUUGAUCGGCACAUUGACCGACAGACCUGGAGAUGAAAUGCGCGAGCAUGCUCAAGACGUGUUCGAAGAAGUCCAGCGCACAAAGAGUGAGUUGGAGCAGGCACGAACAGAUCUCCGCGUGGCCCACAUCAAGAUUGAGAACACAUUGGAAGCCAUGCAGCAGCAGCGCGACCAUUAUGAAUCUCAUGGUCACAAGGAGCAGGAAGCUCAGGCACAGGUGUGUGACCUCCAGCAACAGGUUGUCGAGCUCCAAGAGAAGCUUGCUAUGCGCGAUGAUUUGCUUCGUGCGGCAGACUCUAUCCCGAAGAACUCCAAAAUCGCGGAGUCAGAGUCUCUUUCAGAGAUUGCCUUGAAAAUGGAGAAGUCUUCCCAUGAACUCAAAUUGCUCCGUGCGGACAACGCAGAGCUCCUGUCUAAGGCUAACAAGACUGACGACGAGAACCUCGAAAUCUCCCUCAAAUUCGAUUUGAUAGAGCACGAUAUGUAUCUCGCUCGCAAUAAACUGGAAGUCCUUGAGGCUAAGCAAAGCCUCCUCAUCAGAGAACGCAACUUCCUCGCCGACGCCGUCGCCGAGGACAAUUUCCUUACAGCGGAGGACAAGGAUCUCCUUCGCCGAUAUAUUCGCCAAGUAAGGGAAGAAAAUGAGAGACUGAGAGACCGCAAUGUCUCCGUAUCAAAAGAAAACGCCGACCUUCAGGAGUAUAUCAAGAAUGUUCAAGAUAAGGCUGAAGUCAAGAUUCCGCAAGCAGAAAAGGGCGCCGCAUACUGGCAGACCCUCUACUGGGACGAGGCUGUCCCAAAGACUGAAGCCCUAUCCAAAGAGAUAUACGAACUCAACAAGGAAUUGGGUCGUGAAAACGUCCAUGUACAGGAGCGCCUCGAGCGCAACGUUGUCGUUGCUGAUAGGAACGCCCUGCGGUACGCCUGCGAUGCCACAUUGCGUGGCGUCGACACCAACCUCAUCCCGGCCGAAUAUUACGAGCCGGGAUUCACACCGGGCUGGCUCCCCGCCACCCACGAUGCCCUUCGUGUCCUCCGACCUCUCGACUGGGUACCAGUCGCAGAGCUCGAGAAGGUAUGGCUUGUACCGAUGUACAAGCCGUUCACUGAAGAGGAUGCGAAGCAGCGGCUUGAAGCUCAAGGGCAGAUAGCGCGCAAGCAGCAUCGUGGGGCGAUGGGGGCGCCUCCUCUACCAGAUUGUCAUUCAGAGACAGUCUCGGAAGACGUCGACGCCGGUCCAGCCAAUGCCCUUCCUCCAUCAUGGGUGCCUGUCUCUGAUCGAGCCCCCAUGCCACGCAUGGCGUACCAAGAGCCGUACGUACCUCCGUAUCAAAGUGCAUGGAUGAAAAAGCGUGCGAAUCUGACGCGAGAGGCAUACAGCAACAUGGACAACAUCCUGAAGUUGGAUGUGCUCGAGAUGCUUCAAAUCGAUACGAAGUGCAUAGAGCGACUUGACAGUCCAAGUCACACAACCUCUUAUAGUUUUGAGGAAGACCCAGAUAUCUUCUGA